AUGGUGCUCAUGGAGAACUACUUCUUCUGCGCUUCGGUGCGACUGGGUGUCCUGGUCACUUGCACCGCUGCCACCGUGAAAAACACCAUCCUUAUGUGGAUGGUAUUCGCCGACGGAACCACUUUCAUUUACUUCCUUGUCAACAUAAUGGAAACUCACUAUAGAACCAGCACGAUUGUUAGGGAUUCCGCUACCUGGGUGGAGCAUUAUUCCAAGGAGCUCAUGAUGUUUCUUCAACUCUACAGCUCUAGCUACAUUGUAGCUUGCAUAAUGGCGGCUUAUGGCGCAUACAAGCUCAAGAAAUACCACGUUAUACCAUUGGCUAUCUUCGAGUUCGUUUACACAGUCCAAGUGGUUGUAGUCGUCAUUAUAACGCUUCGGAUUGCCAGACAUAUUGUGCCAUUGGCCACCUUAAUUUUGAUGACCAUUGGCCUGACAUUUUACGCAAUGCUUGUGACCUACGACACGUUGGCGUUGAUUUCCUUCGUGCAAAUCAUGUUUCUGGUGCGAAGCCAGCGAUAUCAACAAGUUUACGGUCCCGAUCCUCUGAACCCCGUGACAAACGGAAUGCAACUCCAUAAAGUGGCAUCCAGUUAUCCGAUCGCACAGCAACCAAUUAUUAUUUACGUAAUGCCCAAAGCGGGGCAAAAAUUGUGGGAUGUGCCACAAACGAAGUGGUGGCAGGAUGAGAAAACUGACAUCAGCGUUCCACAAAACCAACUUAACCAAGUGGCCACUGAUUUCUUUCAGCGGCAGGAGCUCUUAUCAAAUGUCUUACGACGAAAUGCCAUAAAAAAGGACUAUCUGCACAAUGAAAGUGUUGCGAUCUAG